GGAUGCCCGAGAUCAGGGUGACGCCGUUGGGGGCCGGCCAGGAUGUGGGCCACAGUUGCAUUCUGGUGUCCAUCGCCGGCAAGAACGUCAUGCUGGACUGCGGGAUGCACAUGGGCUACAACGAUGACCUCUGCUUCCCCGACUUUUCCUACAUCACCCGCAACGGCCGCCUCACCGAUUUCUUGGACUGCGUGAUCAUCAGCCACUUCCACCUGGACCACUGUGGGGCGCUGCCCUACUUCAGCGAGAUGGUGGGCUACGACGGGCCCAUCUACAUGACACACCCCACCCAGGCCAUCUGCCCCAUCCUGCUGGAGGACUACCGCAAGAUCGCCGUGGACAAGAAGGGUGAGGCCAACUUCUUCACCUCGCAGAUGAUCAAGGACUGCAUGAAGAAGGUGGUGGCCAUCCACCUGCACCAGACCGUCCAGGUGGACGAGGAGCUGGAGAUCAAGGCCUACUAUGCGGGCCACGUGUUGGGAGCUGCCAUGUUCCAGAUCAAAGUGGGCUCGGAGUCGGUGGUCUACACGGGUGACUACAACAUGACUCCAGACCGGCAUCUGGGAGCUGCCUGGAUCGACAAAUGCCGUCCCAACCUGCUCAUCACAGAGUCUACCUACACCACCACCAUUCGUGAUUCGAAGCGCUGCCAGGAGAGCGACUUCCUGAAGAAGGUGCACGAGACCGUGGAGCGAGGCGGCAAGGUGUUGAUCCCUGUGUUCCCGCUGGGCGGGGCCCAGGAGCUCUGCAUCCUUCUGGAGACAUUCUGGGAGCGCAUGAACCUGCGGGCCCCCCUCUACUUCUCCACGGGCCUCACCGAGAAGGCCAACCACUACUACAAGCUCUUCAUCACCUGGACCAACCAGAAGAUCCGCAAGACCUUUGUGCAGAGGAACAUGUUUGAGUUCAAGCACAUCAAGGCCUUUGACCGGGCGUUCGCCGACAACCCGGGACCCAUGGUCGUGUUUGCCACCCCAGGGAUGCUGCAUGCGGGCCAGUCCCUCCAGAUCUUCCGCAAGUGGGCAGGGAACGAAAAGAACAUGGUCAUCAUGCCCGGCUACUGCAUGCAGGGCACCGUGGGCCACAAGAUCCUCAGUGGCACACGCAAGCUGGACAUGGAGGGCCGGCAGCUAGAGGUGAAGAUGCAGGUGGAAUACAUGUCCUUCAGCGCCCAUGCCGAUGCCAAGGGUAUCAUGCAGCUAGUGGGCCAGGCCGAGCCCGAGAGCGUGCUGCUGGUGCACGGAGAGGCCAAGAAGAUAAAUAUAUUUCACUAUGUUUAA